AUGAUGCAGAUUGUGAACCAUGGCAUCCCGCAGGAGCUGAUCAAGCGCAUGCAGGAGGCCGGGGAGAGAUUCUUCUCGCUGCCAAUAGAGGAGAAGGAGCGUUACGCCAAUGACCAGUCGUCGGGGAAUAUCCAAGGCUACGGCAGCAAGCUCGCAAACAAUGCCAGCGGCCGGCGAGCGUGGCAGGACUACUUCUUCCACCUCGCCUACCCAGAGGAGAAGGCCAACUACUCCAUCUGGCCGAAAGAGCCCGCCAACUACGCGUAACGAUCUCCACGUCCUCCUCUGGCUCUCUCUUUUUUUUCUCUUUAUUUCCUUGGUUUCAAUGAGUUGAGUGUCAUUCUCUUCCGCCUCCAUUACUGCUUACAGUGAGGAGACGAAGGAAUUCGUACGGCAGCUUAGGCCAGUGGUUAGCAAUAUAUUGGCCAUUCUAUCCGCGGGGCUCGGCCUAGAGGAAGGCAAGCUGGAGGAGGAGGUGGGCGGGAUGAGUGAUCUCCUUCUGCAGAUGAAGAUCAACUACUACCCGCCUUGCCCACAGCCAAACAUGGCCGUGGGUGUGCCGGCCCACACGGAUGUGGGCGCCCUUAGCUUCAUCGUGCACAACAUGGUUCCCGGCCUUCAGGCCUACUAUGCAGGCGAGUGGGUGACGGUCGGAUGCGUUCCAGACUCCAUCAUCGUGCACGUCGGCGACGUCAUCGAGAUCCUCAGCAACGGGAGGUACAAGAGCAUCCUUCACCGUGUCCUCGUCAACAGGGAGAAGGUCCGCAUCUCCUGGUCUGUUUUCUGCGAGCCGCCGCCAGAUAAGAUCAUCCUCAAGCCCUUAGACGCGCUUGUUCACGAGGGGUCGACGGCUAAGUUCCCGCCUCGCACGUUCGCCCAGCACAUUGACCAUAAGCUCUUCCUGAAGAGCGAGGGGCCACAGUCCACACCCAAAUAG